GGCGGGUAGGAGGUCCAGGAGGUGAAGCCCGUGGGCCUGAAAGAAGGGCAUCGUCAAGCCAGCCUCCUGCCCUGGGCUCCUUCUCCCUCCCCAGCUCAGACUGCAGAAGACCAAGGCCUGGACCAAGCAGGGAUCAUGGAGCAAGAGGGAAUGGCCCAUGAGAGAUGCAGAUCCCCUCCCCAGGAGUUGGUGACAUUCCAGGAUGUGUCUGUGGACUUCACCCCAGAGGAGUGGGGCCUCUUAGACCAUCCUCAGAAGGACUUGUACAAGGAGGUCACACUGGAAAAUGCCUGGAACCUGCUCUCCUUGGGGCUUCCAGUUCCCAGAGAAUAUUUGAUUUCUUAUCUGGAAGAAAGGGAAGCACCAUGGAUCCUGGAACAAGGAGCCCUGAGAAGAUCCUAUACAGAAGGAGAGAUUUCACCUGGAAUGAAAGAGACUACUGAAAAGCUAAGGAUUUCUGUGAAAGAAACUCACAAAGAAAGCUUCAUGAGUGAUGGUCUCUAUGACUUCCCUGGGAGACAAAUCUGUGCUGUAUUUCACAGAAUCCACACAGGAGAGAAACCUUAUGAUUGUCAUCAUUGUGGGAAAGACAUGAGUCAACAGUCAUCCCUUAUUUACUGUCAAAAAAUUCAUACUGGAGAGAAACCACAUAAGUGUCAUGAAUGUGCUGAAUCUUUUAGUGAUCACUCAUCCUUCGUUGUUCAUCACAGGAUUCACAGUGACAAGAAACCUCAUGAAUGUAAUCAGUGUGGAAAGGGUUUGAAUUGCAGCUCCAGUCUUGCUGUACAUCAGAGAAUCCACAUUGGGGAGAAACCGUAUGAAUGUGGAAAGGCUUUCAGACUAAACUGUGAUCUAAGUGCACAUCAGAGAAUCCACAUUGGAGGGAAACUUUAUGAAUGUAAUCAAUGUGGAAAGGCUUUCAGAGUAAACUCCCAACUUGCUGUACACCAGAGAAUCCACACUGGAGAGAAACCAUAUCAAUGUAAUCAAUGUGGAAAGGCUUUUGGAAAGAAAUCCAAACUUACUCUACAUCAGAGAAUCCACACUGGAGAGAAACCUUAUGAAUGUAGUCAAUGUGGAAAGGCUUUCAGACUAAACUCCCAACUUGCUGUACACCAGAGAAUCCACACUGGAGAGAAACCAUAUGAAUGUAAUCAAUGUGGAAGGGCUUUCACACAGAGCUACAGUCUUGUUGCACAUCAGAGGAUCCACACUGGAGAGAAACUUUAUGAAUGUGAUCAAUGUGGAAAGGCUUUCACAAAAAGCUCCAGUCUUGCUUCACAUCAGAGAAUCCACACUGGAGAGAAACUUUAUGAAUGUGGUCAAUGUGGAAAGGCUUUCACAUAUAGCUCCAGUCUUGCUGCACAUGAAAGAAUCCACACUGGAGAGAAACCUUAUGAAUGUAAUCAAUGUGGAAAGGCUUUCAGAGAGAGCUCCAAACUUGCUGUACAUCAGAGGAUCCAUACCGGAGAGAAACCUUAUGAAUGUAAUCAAUGUGCAAAAGCUUUCAGAAUAAACUUUCACCUUGCUAUACACCAGAGAAUCCACACUGGAGAGAAACCAUAUGAAUGUAAUCAAUGUGGAAAGGCUUUCACACAGAGCUCCAGUCUUGUUGCACAUCAGAGGAUCCACACUGGAGAGAAACCUUAUAAAUGUAAUCAAUGUGGAAAGGCUUUCACACAGAGCUCCAGUCUUCUUGCACAUCAG